UCUUCCUCCAUUGUUCUCGUUUCGUCAGCAGCGGGAGCGUCGCUGCAGCUGGAAGAGCAGCAGAUGAUGAUGAUGACGAUGACGAUGAUGAUGAUGAUGAAAUCUGGAAGGAAGUUUGCGGCUUGAGGCUCAGCUGGAGGGAAGCCGGAGCUCCAGCAGCGGCAGAGACGCUACAAGAUGGAGGACGUUUUCCAGCCCAGAGUCCUGCUGCGCACUGCAGGUUGGUGCUUUUCCUUCUUCGUAGUUCCGGUUUAGGAUCGUUUUCUUCCAGCUGCUGGAUGUAGGAACAUCAGCAGCAGUUUCUGCUCACUAGUUUAGAGCUUUAAGGCGACAGUAGCUUCAUCUGACUGCGAGCCGAGGCCGGGAUACAUGCUGCGACGUCGCAGACCAGAGUACUGAUAUGAACCAGCAGGAGGCGCUGCGCCUCCAGAUAAAGGAGGAAGAGGAAGAACUCUGUGUGAGUCAUGAAGGAGAGCAGCUCAGAGUGAAGCAGGAGACGGACGGCAGGUUUCCAUCUACUGCAGCUCCCAUCAGCAGUAAGGAUGUUAAAGAAGAGCCUCCAGAAGAACAGAGUCCUGAUGUGGAUCCUUUCAAAGUAAAAGAGGAAAAUAAUCAAAUGUGCUGCCGUCAGGAAGACGAGCUGUUCAGAGUGAAGGAGGAGCCUGAUUAUUCCAGGCUCCCAUUAAAUAUUGUUUAUGUAAAUAGUGAGGAUGAUGAAGAGAAACCAGUGAUGUCUCAGCUUCAUCAGCAGCAGGCAGGAAAUGGAGAUCUUCCAACCAGCAGCCCAGGCGACCAGAUAAAAGCAGAAAUUGAAGUGGAGAUCAGUGGAGCAGCAGAGUCCAGCAGGAACCCAGAUCCAAAUACUGCUGGAGGAACUUUGAGCCAAUCAGAGACUGAAGAGGAUGAAGAGGAGGAUGAAGAGGAUGAAGAUGAUGAAGAGGACAAUGAUGAUGAUGAUUGGAACCAUCAUGAAUCUCAGCUUAGACCAUUGUCAGACUCUGAAACUGAAGGCAUUCAUCAAAAAUUGCAUUUAAGCAAAAGCACAAAAGUUGAAGUUGAUGAAAAACCUUUUGGUUGUGAUUCUUGCGGAAAAAGAUUUUCCUUAAAGUCAUCUUUGUACAAUCACACAAAAAUCCACACAGGAGAGAAAUCAUUAUCCUGUGAUUUCUGUGGGAAAACUUUUAAUUCAAGUUCAGAUUUAAAGAAACACACACGAGUUCACACAGGAGAGAAACCAUUUUGCUGUGAGGAUUGUGGGAAAAGAUUUUCCCUAAGUGCAUCAUUAAACAGACACAUGAAAGGCCACACAGGAGAGAAACCCUUUGGUUGUGAUGUCUGUGGGAAAAGAUUUACCUUAAACUCACAUUUAAAGACACACAUGAGAGUUCACACAGGAGAAAAACCGUUUCGUUGUGAUGAUUGUGAAACAAGAUUUUCCCAAAGGUCAGCUUUAAAAAGACACAUGAGAAUUCACACAGGAGAAAAACCAUUUGGUUGUGAUGUCUGUGGGAAAAGAUUUAGCAUAAAGUCACAUUUGAAAACACAUAUGAGAAUUCACACACAAGAAAAACCCUAUAGUUGUGAUGAUUGCGGAAAAAGAUUUUCCUUACAGCUAUGUUUAAAGAGACACAUGAGGAUCCACAGAGGAGAGAAACCGUUUGGUUGUGAUGUCUGUGGAAAAAGGUUUAACUUAAAGUCUAAUUUAAAGGUACACAUGAGUGUCCACACCGGACAGAAACCGUUUGGUUGUGAUGAAUGUGGUUUAAAAUUUAGCAUAAAGUCUAAUUUAAAGGCACACAUGAGAAUCCACAAGGAUGAAAAAGCCUUUGCUUGUGAUGAAUGUGGAAAAAGAUUUAACGUAAAGUCUAGUUUAAAGAGACACAUGAAAAGCCACAAAGGUGAACGACCUUUUAGUUGUGAUAUCUGUGGGAAAAGACUCGCCUUGAAGUCCAGCUUAAAGAGACACAUGAAGAUCCACAUGGAAGACCAACCUUAUUUGUUUGUGGGAAAAGAUCCACCUUAAAGUCAUCUUUGAACAAUCUCCUGAAUGACCAGAGGUGAAAACCUUCAGGUUGUGAUGGCUGUGGAAUCCAACAGGAGGAACUGGAAGACUCUGAAAGUUGCUUUUAAGUAGAAAUGCUACAAUUUAUUUUUAGUUGUGAUGUUUGUGGAAAAAGAUUUUCCUCAAAGUAAAAGAUAUGCACCAGAAUUAGGGCAGCAGAUUUAUUGUAUCAUCAUUUAUAGUAAUAAAUCUCUUAGUUUAGGAAUUACAAUCUUUUUUCUUUAAUGAUGUUUAAAACCUCUGCAUCCCCCAAAGGUCCUGUCUGUAUUGUUGGGAUUGUUAGUUUUACUAUUUUCUCCACUGUUUGUUCAAUGAAAACAUCAAUAAAUAAGACUUAGAAAAUCA